AUGUACAAUGUGUGCACAAACACAGGCGAACAUCAACGCGCAAACACACACACCUCAGUACGCGUACAGGCAUUAUGGCUUGUAAAUGGCCAAGUUGCAAAUGUGACAAACUUGGAAUACGUCAAUGUGGUCGCUGAAGCUGGAAAGAAUGUUACUAUUCUAUGUCCGGGCGUGUCAGAGCACUCGCUUGUGGAUACUUUAGUCUGGAAGACCUCAACAACAACAAUAGCACAGUUUGCAAAUCGAAUACAGCAUCUACACAGUCCGAGGAUACAACUGCUCUCGGAUAAUUUUGGGUUGCAGUUUAAUCCAGCCAUCGCCACCGAUACGGCAGAGUACUUUUGCUUAGUCAAUGAUCGUCACAUACCGGAGGCGAUAGUAGAUCUGCUGGUGCAUGAUGUUCCCGAUCCUCCUGAGCGCCCACUCUUAAUAAGUUUCACAUCGCGUUCUGUGAAUCUUUCUUGGGCGCAUUCGCAGCAUCCACGAAAUGCACCAGUGACGCACUUUAUUAUAGAAACUCG